GUUAUUGGCUACGCUAUUUCACUAUUUUGAAUUCUGCACAUGUUUGUUAAAGGAAACGAUGGAAAUUGUUGAAGUUCUCAAUAAAAUGAACAAAGACUACCUUAGAUCAGAUUUCGACAAAAAGUUUAUGCUAAGGUCACUAUUUGUGCAAGUUUUGGCAGGAGAUAGUAUUAAUUUGUGGGAAGAUUUAUACUCUUUUGUGACUACAAACUUGGAUUUUGUACGAUCAGUAAAAGAUGAGGCUGAGGUAAACUGUGGAUUCCACCCCAUCAACUUAUAGUUUUUUAUAGUUCAGGUAUUUUGCCAAUCGAUCUAUGAAGGAUCUUCAAAUUUCACUUGAUAACCAAUCAGGAGAUAGAUCGUCAAGCUCAACAUUACGUUUAAGAACUAUUUUUGCUGAACUUUCUGAAAUGUUUUCGUACGUGUUAACUACAUGCUCCACAGGAUCAAACAUGGUGCACGAUAGUGAAUCUGUCACUAUUCCACUUUUACCUUCAUGUUACUGCGGUGUCAGUAAUUUUCAAGACGGGAAAUCAGUAAUUAUGCACUUCUUUUGAUCCACAUAAUAGAUUUCUGUCGAUAGUAGUAAAACAAAGAGUAAUCAAAGUUCAUUAUUUUGUUUGUUGGGACAGGAAGAUCAUUCAUUGGUAAAUUUCUGAAAUAAACUGUAUAUUAUCUUCUGACAGGAAAAUCUUUUACAAAAAAUUCCAUUCGGUAACUCGAAAUACAGAGCAUUUAAUGAAUACAUAAAGAAUUUAUCAAGUAAUAAAUCCGAAACACCUUCAAAAGAAAUUGAGAAUAUGCGCCCAAAUAAUGGUUUUGAUGCAAUCGUCUACUUUUCAGUCUGCAGAAAAAUAGGAGUUUAUGAGUUUAUGUACUUCACUAGAAAAAAACUCGAGAGCAGAAAUAUAUCACCAUAUGAUCUAGAACCUAUUUUAAGACCAAGGAAUGAUGAACCACAUUAUAUAUUCAGUACAUUCGGUAUACUGGUCGCGACUGGAACUGAACAGGAGCAUUUAAGUCUCACAGAAUGGUUUUCAGAAGCAGUUUUAUGCGAAGCUUUAAAGAAAAAUCCCACAUUUUGCUACCUUUCAGCUUGGAAACCCUUUUUCACCUGGCGUCAAAUUACGAGAAGAAGAAAAUUUAAACGAACACGUAAUAUUUUAUUAAAUAGCUGUCUGCUUGCAAAUCCUUUAUAUGUUCGAUUAUUCCAGGUAGUUCAAAAACUCUUUGAUUCCUUGGAUACUUUGAAAUUCUUUCCGAAUAGCACGUGUCCAUUGAAUAUGGUACAAUUUUGUGCUCACAUUAACCGAAAUAUACGUUACAAUACUAUUUUAAUAUCACAUGUAACAAACUGUAUAUGUAUUGCGUUAAAAUUUGCAAGAUAUGCUCUUGCUAAACUAAUACGUUAUAAAGAAGAUGAAUUAAAUUGGAACUCUAAAGAAAUCAAUCAAACUAUACCAAUGACUGAAACAUGGAAAAAAAGUUUAGUAAUAAAGAAUGAUUUAGAACAAUUACGUAACCAAUUGGAUAAUUUUCCAAAUGUAUUACAUUGUAUCCGUUAUCGACUGGCAAGUUCUCUUUUAUAUAAAUUUCAAUCAAGUAUACAAAACUAUAUUUAUAAUGAAUUAAAUUUGAACUGUAUAGAACAGAAAGAUAAACAAAGAGAGAAUAUUAAAGAAGAUAUAAUUGUGAAAAAUUUUCGUUUAGUUAUUUAUCCUGUUUUAUUAAAACAAUCUGAGGAACCAAGUCAAUUACUUCUUUGGCCACCAUCUGUCACUAUGGUAACUAUUUUCAAUUUGACAUUUGAACAAUUCAAAGAAUCAUUACAUUUAAACAAAAUAAUAUUAGAAAAUCAACUUACUCAAAUCUAUUUCAAUGAAGAGAAAGAAAUUGAUAAUAUUUGUGAAAUUAUUGAUAAUCAAAUUGAUAUUCAUUCUAUUAUUCAAAUGUUUUAUAAAAAUUCUAAUUUAAUGAACAUAAAUUAUUUAAAACAUACAACUAUGAUUCCAUGGAAUAGAAUGAAUCCAAAUGGUUUAGAAGUAACCAAUGUAUCUAUUCGUGAUAUGGUUAAUUGUUAUCUACCAAGUUAUACAGAAUUUGUGAAAGGCCUUAUACCUGAACAUCAGUUUCACUAUAAUCAGUCGAUAUUAUCUGGUAUGGAUCUGGAUCAAUCCCAUCUUAAUAUUAGUGGUCAUAAUUACUUCCCUACCAUUGAAAAUGCAUCUCAAAUGGGAUUACAUUCUCUUAUUGAGCAACAAUGUGAAGCGAUGAAACUUUAUGACUGUUUAAUGACUUCAUGGAGUGACAGAAUACAUGAAAAGACGAAUGAUAUAAUUCUAUCUUUACAAUGGAUUAUCAAUAUGGAUGAAACAAUAAAUGAGUUAAGUAUACUAUUAAGGAAUGAAGAUUUACAUACAGAAUUUCAUAAACAUCAACGCUUAUUUCAAGCAUCAUUUGAAUGGGUCAAUCGUUUAAUAAAUCACGUUAAAUAUGAAAGUCUUUUAAAUGACAAUAAUGAUAAUAAUAAUUUACAAUGCUUCAUUUUAAUUGACUAUAAUCCAUUAUUUAAUUUAUUAUAUAAUGAAAUUACAGAGAAAUUAAGUAAAUUAUUUACAAUAUUUAUAACAAUAGUUCAAAAUUCAUUAAUAUCAAUCAAUAAACAAUUGGAUGAUUUUAUUCAAAUACAUACAAAUAUUCAAUCUGAUUUUAAUGGAUUCAUACAAGUUGUUACCUAUUUAAAUCGUGUACAUAAUUGUCAUGAGAAAUUAUUUAAAGACCAUGAUAAUCUAUGUCGUCAAGUUGAAUUUAUACAACAUUUUCAAAAAUGUUUAAACCAUUGUGAAGAAUUAAAAUUCAUUCAACUUGUUAAAUGGUCACAAUAUGAACAGUUUAUAAUUAAAUGGAAAAAGUUUACAAAUCAAAUUGAAUGGGCUAGAAAAAAAUUUCGAAGAUAUCAAGAAGAAUUCUAUCAAGAAACUAUAAAAGAAGUUGACCGUUUAGUUCAUUUACUUACAACUGGCAAAUAUUCUGAUGUUAAUAAUGAUGCACAAAUGAUACUAAACGACAUGAAGGAACCAUAUUGUUAUGUCAUAAAAUUAGAAAGUUCUAUUCAUCAACUUUUAGAUCAACAUAAAACUGUUCAAAAUUGUGAAUAUAAUGAGAAACAAUUUGAAAAAGCUAAAAUUGAUAAAAUGAAUCUAUCCUAUUCAUCGAAUAGAUCAUUGAUGAAUACAACGAUUACAUUGGAUAAUACACUUUAUAUUACAGAUAAUUGUCAAGUUAAUUUUAAACAUAUAAAACAAUCAUGUAAAUAUUUUAAUGAAACAAAUAAUAUAUUAUUAUAUAUUGAUCAUGAAAUGAAAAAAGUCAAUUGUAGAUAUGACGCAUGGCAACUAAAUUUGAAAAUUGAUACAUUUAAACAAGAGUUAUAUAAAUCAAGAUUAGGAGAAAUAACUUUAAAUAUGUUCAAUGAAAAAUAUCAAAAACUUAUUUCAUUAUGUAAUCAAUUAAGAAAUGAUGAUGUAAUUGUUCAAUAUGAUACGAAAUGUUUGAAUAAGAUGGAAAAAUUAUUGAAACUCUUAAGUUAUAUUUUGGAUACAGAAUUAUUGUCUUUCUCAUCAGAAUACUGGAAUCAUUGUUCAAAACUAUUAAAUAUAUCAAUCAAUAUCAAUUGGAAAAAUUGUACAAUCAAUGAUUUAAUGAAUAAUCCCAAGACUAAUUUAUUAAAACAAGAAUAUCAAUUAAAAGAAAUCAAUAAUAUAUUUCAAUAUUUAUUAUCGAUUUAUCAAAUUAAAACAACAAUUGAAAAUCAAUUCAAAUCAUUAACUAUUCAAUUUAUAUCAAUGAAAUCACAUUCAGAAUUGAUUAAAUCUAUUCAUUUAUCAUUUCGUAAUGAAUAUAUUGAUCAAAUGAAUCAGGAUCUCUCUGGAAGGUAUUCAUCCAGAAGUAACCGUUGUACAACAGAAAUUCCCUAUCCAUGGAUAUUCUUGAAUAUUGACAAUUUAAUUGAAAACUUAUGUGAAUUAUCAAAUAAACUUCAAAGUUUACUAGAUUCUGAACUUUUGAAUAGAAUAAAACAAAAUGAAACAACAAAUGAGUAUCUACUUGAAAAUGAUUACUAUUUAAUGAAGAAAUUAAAUCAAACGAAGAAUACAUUAUGUAAUAUGAAGUUAAUACAAGAUUAUGUAAGUCAUUUUAAUGAUCAUUGGUUAUAUUUAUAUCGAUUAUAUUCAUUAAAACAAAGUAAUGAAGAAUGUAACUCAAAUCAAUUCAUUAUAUUAACUGAUAAUUAUGUAAAUUUGGAAAAUGAUAUACUACUAAAUAAUGAUCGAGUAAUAUCUGUUCAAUCUAUCGAAUAUGAAGAUAAUGAAUUAAUUCAAAUAAAUUGUAUAAAUUUACAAUGUUUUAUUGAAAUUGUUCAUAGUAAAUGGGAUUUAUGGUUAAUAUUAAAGAAUGAUCUUUAUGAACAUGUUAGUAUGUUUGAGAAAUCAAUCGAUGAAAUGUGUGAGACAUUUCCAUUAUUUUGUUUAUUAUCCAAAAUGGAAAGAAUUGAACUCCUAAGUAAUUGGGCCAUUCCAUAUUGUGAUUAUACAGCUCCAUUGAAAUGUUCUGUUGAGGACUUUAUUGAUCAAAAACAAAAUCGUUAUCAGUCUUCUUUAGAUACUAAUUGUGGAUUAGUCAAUCUGAAUAAAUGGAUAAAACGUUUAUUUCCAUAUCUGUUAGAUUGUGUAAUGAUAUGGUGUAAAGCAGAGAAAUGUUGGAAGAUUACUGGAGUCAUUAAUGAAUUCCAUCAACAUAUUGAACUAUUAGAUUCACUUAAAUGGAUUCCAUCAAUUAAUCAAUGGUUUACACAAUUUUAUUCAACAUUACAAUUAACAUUCUUAAGAAUGACAUUGAAUUCCUUGUUAAAUGUCGAAGGAAACAACAAAUGGAUAAAUGAGUCCAUCAGAAAGAAACAAUUAAUACCUGUCAUUAUUUUAGAAUUAACUAUACGAAUUAUGAAUUGGCAAAAAUUAGAGAAAAUUAUAAUAAAAGAAGAUCGAAAAGAUGAAUUCGUUAAAAUAAUAGAAUACUUCGAAGAACAAUUAAAUAGUGUUAUUGAACCAUUGAAAACUAUUCCAUUUAUUUAUGAUAAUCAAUUCAGUUCAAGAAUCGAUCAGUUAACAUGCCAAAUGUUGAUUGGAACAAUUUUGGGAUUUAUUUAUUUAAUACAAGACUUGAGAAAAGAGUCAAAUUUAGACGAGAAUAAUUUUAUCUGGCAACGGUUAAUUAAAACACAACUUAUCAGUUCAAUAUUAAAUCCUGAAAGGAAUGAGUACUUUUCGAAUGAAUUAAAUGAGUACAAUGAUAUUCCAACAAUUGGGAUCAAACAAUUUUCAACAAUUCAUCCUUAUAAAUGGGAUAAUCAAAGUUUACUAAUCAAUAAUAACACAUUAUAUAUACCGUUAUUAAAUACUUCACAAGAAUUAAUUCAACUUGGAUCAGCGUUGAAUAAUCAUGAGUUUGGACUAUUAAUUGGAUCAUUUGGAAGUGGUAAACAGACAAUAAUUCGUCAACUUGCUUUUUUACUUGGUCGUCGUCUUAUAGAAUUUUCAUCUAGCAUCUUCAAUGAUACAUUUGAGAACACAUUAAAAAAUGAUAUUCUUAGUUGCAUACGAAUUGGCUGUUUAUUUUCAAUAAUGAAUAUGCAUAACUUAAAAUGUGGAGAAUUGGAAAUCGUGAUAAACUGUUUGAAUGAAGUUCGGAAAUGUAAUUUUAUGAGCAACGGUCGGAUCCAAUUUGCAGAUUUUACAAAGAAUCUUCAACAAUCUAUUGAGAACAUUGAUAAAAAUAGUCACAAGUUAAUCAUUUAUCAUUCUAAUCAAUAUAUUUCUGAACCGAAACAAUGUUUAUUUAAUCAAAGUAUUAGAAUCGAUUGCAGUUUUGGAUUAUUCGGUACAUAUGAUUCUCGAAAUUUUCAAAAUCUGCCAAAAGUACAAAAACUUUCAUUUCGUAAUAUAACCAUUGAAUGGCCAAAUUAUUCAUUUAUUAUACAAUGUCUUUUCAAAUAUUAUUUACCUGAAUAUCAAAGUUCAUCAAUAAAGUAUCGACUAGUCAGUUUGUUGAAUAGAUCUUUAACAUAUUUUACAAAUGAAUCAGUUCUUCAUCAUAAACAAACAAAUACCUACUAUUUGUCACUUUCAACUAUUAUCAAAACAUUUGAAUAUGCUAAACAAUUUUGGUUAGAAAAAUUUAAUCAUCUUCAAGAUAUACGUAAACAUACUGCACUCAAAUCAUUAGUAAUAUUGAGAAAGGAAGAAGAUAGAUUAGCUGAAAUUGCAAUACGAUAUGGAUUAUUUAAAGCUUAUAGAAUAAAUUUAUCUAUGGAUUGUAUUAAAGAUAAUUUCAAGAAAGUUGUAUUACAAUCCAGCUUAGAUUUUGAUUGGUCAUCAACCAUUGAGCAAUAUUUAUCUUUAAAUUCUGCAUUACCUUUCAUGUCUAGUAAUGAAGAAUGUUUAAAAUGUGAUAAUCAUCUGUAUCCAAAAGUUUCAUGGGAAUUUAUUUAUCGAUUGUUAAGAGAAAUGUAUGUACGUAAUUUAGAAAUAGUUAAUGGUCAGUUAAUAAAGAUAAUUGAAUUAUGGCAACUAAUAAAUGUAAAUCGUCCAAUUUUAAUUAUUGGCUCAGUUGGAUCAGGUAAAAGUACCAUUUUUAAAAUACUUAUUUCUACAAUCAAUUGGUAUCAUUGUACAAAGAGUAAACAAUUGAAUAAGUAUUUAUCAUCAUUAUCCGAGCCAACAUUAUUAUCAACAUACAAAUCAUCAUCAUCAUCGGGAUCGGUAUCAUCUGAAUUGUCAUCAUCAACACCAACAUCAUCAUUAUCAAAACAAUUAAAUUCAUCUUCAGUUUCAAAUGAGGAAAACAGUAACAAUCAAGAAAUAAAUAAUGAUGUUGAUAUGAAGAUAUUCAAUAUACCAGAUCAAUUGAAUUCAUAUCUUAAUAAGUUUAAUCUUAUUUCAACAAUACAUUCCAAUAUAAAACAUUUUGAUGUAUAUAAUAAAAUAAUUUCAUUAAAACACUUAUUUCCAUAUUCAAAUGAACAUUUAACAAGUUUGUUUUUAAAUGAUGAUAAUAAUGAUUCUAAAUUAAGAGUGGAUAUAUCAAAUAUGUUUGAAGAAUGGGUAUUGUUAGAUUUAAGUGACCAGUCUAUUGAACAUUUGACAUUUUUAAAUAAUGGUAACAUUUUGAAUUUAUUGAAAGCGGUUAAAACUUUUAAAUUCACAAGAAAAUUAUUCAUAGAAAAGACAACAAUAGAUGAUUUAUCUCCAGGUUUAAUUCAUCAAUUUUCAAUAUUGUCAACUGAAGUUAAUAAUGAAUUGAAUUGGUCACAUAUAUGGAGAAUUUGGCGUAAAACAAGUUAUUUAUCAUAUAUGGUUAUAAAUUAUAUAUGGGACAAAAUUCUUAAUGAACUAGAUAAUCAUAUCCCAACAAUAUUAGAUCAAAUUUGGGAGUUAAUGAAUCAAUGGUGUCACAAUGAAAAAGGCUUUUUAAAUAUAACAUCUUAUAAGAAUGCAUUUUGUCAACAAAGUAUUAAAAACUCUUUAGCUUUGAUGUCUGAACUAUUGAACAAAUACUUUCCAAGAGAAUUAUGGGAAUUACGUAAAGAUGGCAUAAAACCAUCAUCUGUUUAUCAAUCAAAUCUUACAUUAAUUGAUUAUUAUUGGUCCGAAUGGCGAAACAUUGAAGACCAACCAGUAUUUUAUGAAAUCUUGAUAAGAAAUUUAUUUUUAUUCUCAUUUAUUUGGGGUAUUGGUGGUGGAUUAGCUGGUGAUCCAAGAUUAAAAUCACGAUUUGAAACAAUCAUGUUAAGAAUAUUAAAGGAUUUUAUUAGAUUGUCUAAUUCAUUGAAUAUUCAUUCCAUAGACAAUUCAUCAUUCACAUUAUCUAUUGAAUCCUAUUAUACAAAUCAAAUGAAUUAUUGUACAAGUAUGAAAUGGAAUAAUGAUAAUGAUCAUCAUGAAAAUGAAUAUGAAAAUAUCAAAGAAUUUCAAUAUAGUUUAUUUAAUUGUCUUAUUGAUUUAAGAACUGGUUAUUUAACACCAUUUUGGUAUACAGAUUAUUUACAAUUACAUUGGCCAGAAGAAUAUGAUAUCAUACAUCCAAAUGGAAAUACUUAUCAUAGUAAACCAUUAUUAUCAACAUUAUUUCAUCUUACAGUUCAUUUAUUUACUGGUUCAUUAUUCAUACAAUCUGGUCGACCAGUAAUAAUUUCCGGUCCAUUUGGUUCAGGUAAAUCACAACUUGCAAUUGCUAUAAGUCAAAAUUCAGAACGAUCUAAACAAUUAAUUAGUUCAUAUAAUAAUAAUAAUAAAACGGGGAAAAAGUGUACAAGUUCAUUUCGAAUACAAUCAAAUGAUUUUCUACAUAGAAUCAUUUCUAAUUCACAAAAAACUAAUAAUCAAUAUCCAAAACAAAUAUUUGAUAAAAAAAUCAAUUUAAUGCAUAAUGUUAUCAUUUUAGAAGAUGUACAUCUGAUUUCCAAAACAGCGACAACACAAAGAAUAUGGAAUCAAGAAUUACGUAAUCAAUUAACUACUUGUAAUCUUAAUCAUAAUAAUUACUCUAAAGCAAAAUAUAAUUUUAUCCCAAUCUUAACAUCUUUGGAUCAUGAUCAUCAACUACAUUUCUCAACAAAAUUAAAUAGUUUAAUGUAUCAAUUCGCAUAUAUCAGUUUAACAGACCCUUGUUUAUUAUUUGUAAAAGAGAUGAAUAUCGAUGGAUUUCUCUAUGAACAAAAUAUUUAUGGUUUUAGUCCAAUAAGUUUACUUUGUCAAUCAAUGAUGUGUCAUUCAUUGUCAAGAAUAAGUGGAAUGUUAGUUGAGAGAUUCAGUUGGAUAAUAUGGUACAUGCAUUGUGCUUUAAUGAAAGAACGUUGUACUUAUAAUAAUACAAAAGUAGAUUGGUUAAUCAUGCAUAAGAUUGCACAUUCUAUAGGAUACCAUUUAAAAAACUAUUAUCCAUGCAAAUCAACUGAUGAAAUCCCAUUGAAUAGUUCAAUUGUAUCAGAUAAUAUAAAUAGACAUAUUUAUUCAAGAUGGACACCUUUAUUGAUAAGUGAAUCGAUUCAUCUCAAUUCAAAAAAUCAACUCAGUAACAUUUUGCAAUCAGUGUUGUUUUUAUGUCAAGAGAUCAAACGAUAUUUUGGUCCAUUAUUACCUAAAGAUUUAUGUUCAGAAUGGUUAUUUAAUAAUUUAUCAAGAUCCAUUGAUUAUUAUUUAAUGAAACCAUCUUCAUUAGGUCUUUUAGUUCCAAUUUCAUACCUUCUAUUUGGACCAGCUGGAAGUCUUUUCCUUGAUUCAAAAAUCACCAGACAGUCUAUUUUACAUUUAAGCAAACAUUCUUUGACAAAACUGACAAAUACAUCCUCAUCUGUUGUAUCUCAACGUGUUUGUAAUGAAAGUGGAUUUUCGGUCAAUUCAACUUCCUCUCCUUCUGUAUCUUGUUCAACACUAACAACAUCUCUCAGUUAUUCUUCAUGUUAUUCUAACUCAAUUACCUCUUCGUCUAUACCAACCACAUCUAUAACCGAUAGUUCUUUUUCGACACAAUUAUUCAACACUUUUUCAACAUCUACUCAAUAUAAUUCGAACAAUUAUACUUCAUCCAAUUUUUCCACUACUACAGUAUUUACUUCUUCAUCUGAUUCAUUAGUAUAUGGAUCUUCUUUAACGUCUAUGCCUAUUCUAUCUUCUUCCAUGCUCUCUUUACCGAACUCACGUAUUGAUACAGUCAUGACUACUACUACUACUACUACUACUACUACUACUACUACUACUACUACUACUACUACUACUACUACUACUACUACUACGUCUCUAGUGAAUUCAUUUUUUACUCCACCUACCAUCUCAACAUCAACAUUUCCAACCACUUUAUUAACAAAUGAACUUUCUAAUAUGUCACUCCAGGAGGCUGAACAAGAAAAAAAAGAAGAAGAGAAACAGAUUAUUUCAACUGAAUCAAUAUCUAUUAAUGAUAAUGAUAUAAAUUAUGAAUUUAGUACACAAAUCGAGCAGUUAUGUUCGAAGUUGAAUGAUGAAACAGAAACUAGUUUAUCAAAUUAUAAAAGACCGAUCUAUUCACCAUUCUAUGAAAAAUAUGAUGAAAAGUGUAAUAAAAGUCAUCGAAGUUGGGCAAAGUAUGGUUUAUUAAAUCCUCAUCUUAUACCAUGUAUCAGUUUGCCAGGAUGUUUGGAUCAGACCAAUGAUUUAGAAGCUAUAUUUGUUAAUUUAAAAAAUGACUUAUCUAUAUGUGAUAUAGAAAUCAACAGUUAUGAUUCAAUAUUACAAUAUAUGAUUAGAAAUGCAAUAGAUUUAAUUUACAGAAUUUUUAAUAAAAUUGAAUCAAAAUUCUAA